AUGACCGUCGUGAAGGCUAUGUCGGAGGAUGAGCACAAUACUCAUCCUCAUGACGUCACAUUCCCGACGAUGCUGACGCUUGGCCGCAAUGGCUCAUCCACGAGCUUCAAUAUCGCGAAGCAGAGCAGACAAGGAAGACGGAAGCAUCAACCAACGUCCUCCACUGCCACUGAGGGCGCAUUCAUCGCAAGGGAAAACUCGCGGCCAGCUACAGUGACCGAGGCUCUCAAACCAUCAGAGGGCGAGGCAUGUGAUCCAAGUGAGGCAAGACAAAUCGAGGAUACAGAGACCUGGCCCGCUUCACUUGAUGACGACGUCAGAGUCAAGUCUAUACACCUGCCAUCCUGCUCUCCCAAUUCCGAGCCGGUCGACGUGCAUCUAUUUCCAGGCGAGCGCCGAUGUGGGCGUCACCAGGUGUGGAAUGGGGACCGCUUGACUUUACUGAUGCCACUGGUCCCCGCCCCGAUCGAUGCACGCAACCUCCUACUUUUACGCCUAUCGGGAGUGAACGCAACUGGUCAUUCUCCCCCAUCAAUGUUAACACGAACCAAGAAGUCAUCGACCACUGUCAUCUGGACAUCGAGAGGAUUUCUGAAGGGGUGUGAGAUGGCGACACAAGCGCCUACAAGAGGACACAGGAAGCGGCGCCUUUUCGUGCCUCACGCGGCCUCAAACUCGUCAAGUUCCAUAUUUAUGGUUCUGUUACCAGUCACGCCUCAGCCACUCGAAGACCACACGCUAAGCACGUACCAUCUAUGCACCGCAUGCAUUGCAAUUUCUAACCUUAUGGAUGGCGCACUCGAAUAUGGCGUUCCUGGGAGGUACUGUAUGAGAACCUUCGGUGACGUGGGGAAUUUCAAUCCACAAACGCGAGGUGACUUGGCAUGCGUAUUUGACACAGGUUCGCGAACAACGAACAGAAUCACGCACCCUGCCAAGCCUCAACAACUCAAUGCAUACUGGACCACCGGUGCCUAUCUUCUCGCUCUGAAUUUGAUAGUCCCAUGCCCUACGACGGGCAACCGCGCUCCUGAAUGCGUGUUGUCCUUUGAGGCGGGCGGGCAAUGUCAUGAAGGCUCUCUGGAGGCCGCACUCGACGCCAUUGCACCCCAUACGAUGCACGCGUUUGGCUCGCGCGAGAGGAGGCCGCUCACGAUGCUCUUGCCGACCUCAAGACGAGGAGAUAGAUUGAAGUAUCACAAGUUCGUGGCCUAUUACUUACUUCUGCGUCACUCGGAGAUGCGGUUUGCAGAAAGGAAUCAAUGGGGACAUAAGCAGAAGUCAGCUGCGGCGACACGAAUAUACGUAUACCUGAGACGGCGAGAACGAGCCGGGGCAGACCCUGAAUAUCGAUGUUUCUGCCUUAUGCUGUGUCGCCCAUGCGAUGUUUGUACUCCGAGUACAAGCAUUGCACGGAACUGGGUGCUCAGGAUCGCUCGGGCGAGUAAGGAGGCAUCAUCAGCUAUGCGUGCUACGCCAGCCUCCAAGACAGAAUUACCGACACAUUGUGAAGAUCUCCAUGCCAUGGUGUCGCCGUUCCCGAAUGAGAUAUGGUUGGACAUCUUCCAUGGUCUGGCCAAGGAAGGCGAGUACGACGUAUUGGAACGAUGCAGGGUGGCGUGCAAGGGGUUUGAGCCAAUGGCACGAGAGUGCCUGGAAGAGUCUAUGAGAUUCGAGAAUGUAGAGGAGGCGAGACGCAUCAAGGUGGAUGUUUCCGGUGGUGGGUUGCGACGCUGGGGUGGGCCAGUGAGCGUGUACAUCGAGGGCGCGGAUUGGAAAGAUGGGCGCGGACCGAUUCCACAUCUGGCGACGUUCGCGUCGAGGUUCGCAGGGAGAUGGACCCGCGUCAAGAAUCUGUGGAUCUACAACGCGGUGUGGCGGGCGCGGGAUCUUAAUCUGGACACCAUCGUGCGCGAUCUGACCGCCUUUGCGAUCACCAGGCUCUGCCUCUCCAAUGUCACCUUGCCGUCGAUUUUGACGAUUGGCCGCCUCGUCUGCGCUCUUCCGCGCCUCGAGAUGCUCUCUCUCGGUGAUGUCCAAUUCACCCAGCAUCCCCUUGAUGCCUUCACGAUCUCUCGCUUUCACCUUCUGCCGCACACGCAGCUGGAGAUACUCCACCUCGACAAUGGAGGCAACGACGCAAAAUUGAGACCCUCCUUUGUUGAAUUGGUCGACCUCAUGGCUGCCGUCAGUAAUAGGAAAUGCCUGGUCCCUCCCCCUAAUUUUGCACAGGCGUCCCCAUGGAGCGCCGUUCGAAGAUUGAUACUCGGCCAUGUCACGUCUCCCUCGGUCACGUCAUUUGCUCGCCUCCUAUGCGCUCUCCCUUCACUCGAAAGCAUCGACCUACGAGAAUCAUAUGCGUUCGUGAAACACGGUUUUGACCCCAGAAGUGUUCCUGUGCAUCCUGGUUUACUAUCACAUUUAGUUAAUGUCGAUCUGGCAUACGACUUCCUCUUACGAUCUGACCCUUUUUCUGUGGCUGACCUUGUCGACUUUUUCAUCGCCAGUGGUCUCAGCGAAAAUCUUCGGCGCAUUAUUGCCUAUCUGUCCUCGUCACCCCGAGCCACAACAGCGUGCGACGCAGCUCUUGAAAGGCUCGUCAAACAUUCAAAAUCACUCCGGCAUCUUUUCCUGCGUGCAAGUCCAGACGCCGAUGUCAGGGUGCAUGUAGAUCACAGUGCAGCCCCAUAUUUCGAUGUGUCUAAUAAUACGUGCCUCGAACCCCUUCAUCUCACAGUCGAAGUCGAUCACGAGAAUAUAUCACAUCCGUGCGCUCUGGUGGUUGCGAUCCUGUCACAGGUCACAUCCACACAUAUAUCAAGGAUUGACCUCGCGUUCCAGCCUCGUUAUUACCCCGGCCCAAGGCUCGACGUAGACGUGGGAAGGCUGAUGGAUGGGCUCCCACAGCUUGAUUCCGUCUUGUCUCGGCCGAUCUUCAGUAAUCUCACCGACGUUAUCGUACAUAUCAUGACGCUGGAUGGACCGAGUGCACGAGAUGCAGAAUCAGUGCGGGACCUACGAUUGUGCUUGCCAAUGCUUGAUGCACGCGGGAUUCUAGGCUUUAUGUUGAAUAAUGUCAAGAGUGGACUGCACCAGGACAUGGAGACGGGUGAAUGGAGAUCUCAUAAGAUCGAGAGGGUUUCCGCACAGGAUGCUGGGGUAACCAAUGCAGGGGCUGGUGCCGACGACGACAGGCGUACCGAUAACGCUACCACCGUUACAAUCCCGCAUGACGACUCGGACGUGGUGUCUGGAACAUCGCAGCCCGUCUGGGUGCCAUCAGCCGUAUAUGCCGAUGCUCAGACACCUUCCUUGUUGAAUUAUACGGAUGCACAAGUACCCGCUGAAUUGGCGUGCAACGAUGAAUUUCUACUGCAAACUGCAACGGUCGGUUUGGGAGCAUCUGUGGACAAAAUUGUGCCAGACGAUAAUGGUGUAGAUGACAAGUUGUCUGCGGAGCCAGGGACGCUCGAAUCACAUUAA